AUGUGGAUCUCAAGCAGUGCAGCUCAAGGCGGUGCUGGUGCAUCUCAAGAGGAUGAUGUUGCUGUUGGUGAUAAAAGGAAACAACAACAAAACAGCAAGCUGAAAUAUGUUGUUUGGAAAGAACUAUAUCUUGCUGCUGCAUCUUACCUUUGCCACUCAAAUUUAAUAGAAAGCGCCUUCUCCAAAAUUGCAGAGAGAAUUGAGUUGGAAGCUUCUGUGAUUUCAAAAGAACAAGAAAGGCACAUUCUUCAUGAAACCUACAAGGAAACCACUGGAUGCAGGAGCAGGAAAGGUCCUGGACAUGGAUACUUGGCAAAGUAUCCGACCCGAAGCCAACUUAUGAAUGAACGAAUUGAAGAGCAAGCUCGUGCAUCUGCAUUAGCAGCAGCAGCCCAACAGAAGAAUAGUGAGAUGCAAGCUGAGGCUGGUACAGAAUCUGCCCUGCCCACACAUAAUGAACCUGCUGUUGUUCCGACUCCCAUCCAAGGAUCAGAACAUGUGCAACAGACUGUACGAGACAGUGUAUUGUUGAGCAAACAGAAGAGUAUCCAACCUAGUCGCCUCACUCGCAGCGCCAACAGAUCACUUUUCCCAAAUGAUAAAGAUAGUAAUGAGACAGUGACAUUUAUUACAUCACAAACACUGAGGAAUACUGCUGCAAAUAAAAAGCUACAAUGCAGAAAGAAAGGAGGAAAGGAAGAUCAACCUUGA